GGAAGAUAUAUUCUAAGAUUCUGGGACCAUGACACUCAUACAUCGCGCCUUUUCUCUUGUAAAUUUAUUGAACAAAUUAUAAAUUCUAGGAACUUCGUUAAAGUUUACUCCUCGGGGAUGGCUUACACGUAGGUAGUCUGUCUCAACAUCGCCAAGCCACUUGCAAUCCCUCUACUAGCUGGAGCAAUAUACGAAAUACGUAGCUGCCCAGAUUCUCUAUACUUUUUACCCGCCGGGGGUUCCCAUUCUUUGAGUUUUAAGCACCGACUUACUCUCAUUAUUUAUUAUCGUCAGGCACUGUCGCCGCAGUUUCGAUAUUCCAAUAGUUUAUAUAGUUGCUUCAGAUAAAGAAGCCAUCGGUCGUCGCCAUGGGACUGCAUAACACACUCGCGAUACCCCGCAUGUCGCCCAUACCUUCGAUAUUAGCCAGAUUAGGUCCAGACGCACGGAGAAACAGCCUCGUCCUACUCGCUGUCGUCGCACUGCUCCCCGCGACGUACGCGGCGUAUGUCCUGCGGCAGGGCGCGACGCGGACGGUUGCCACGGCUCGUAUCUCGCCGCCUGAACCGCUGAGAGCCACGGAGGAUGAUGAUGAUGAUGCGCCGUCUGCUGUACCCUCUGAUGUCCAUGUUGCGCCGGAGCGGUACGUCGUCGGACGGGAACGCGUUGUUUCCGAAGAUGUCCCGCUGAAGAGAUUGCUCCCGGGUUUGCGCGAGGGAAAGGGGGAGGGCAAGAGAGGACUUCUGGAAACCUAUCUUGGGACUACCAUGCGCACGUUCACGUGGACGCCGCAGGCCUUCGUCAUGAAAGCGCUCGUCUCGCGACUCCCCGGCGGCGCGGCGCUCGCGGAGACGUUCUCCGCGACGUAUCUCGAUGCGUGCUGUUUUCAGCCUGGGGAUCGGGUCUGCGGGGUGUAUGUUGUGCGGGAACGCGUGGCGAGCGAGGGUGGGGAGAGGGUGUUUCUUGAUCUCAGCGCGCCUGAGGGGUGGAAAGGCCCUGUUGUCACGGGGGUUUUGGACUGUGGGUAUGUCCUUGGGGAAGAGAACGGGGAGAAGGUCGUGAGAUUUGUUAAUGAGACUGUGCUUUGGAGGACGACGGAUGGAAAGCCGACGUUGCUGGAGGGAAAAGUCUCGAGGUGGUUGCAUACUGCUAUGAUCGGGUGGAUGAUGGUUAGGGGUGUUGAGGCUGUUACUGGGAGGACGAAGGGGGAGAUGGAGUAGGGGGCGGAUUAUUCCGGGGAAGCUGUUUUCUUUUUGUUGUUGAUACCCAUGAGAGAUGGUGAGUGUGGUUUUGAGAGUCAACGUUGAGUUUUGUGAUACACCCUUCUCAAUACAUUCUCCUACAAUUUAGAGACCUACUAUAUCAGCGCAAAGAGCCUUGAUACUGUGAUGAGCAAUUAUUUGGAAUAUGUCA